AUGGCUUUAUGGAAUGUGUUUCAGAAGGCAGGAUAACUAUCAACAGUCUCUGCACAAGCUGAGUGUUAAUAUAAAGUAAAAAUAUAGCAAUAAGUCAUGACACAGCAUCAUGGAUGGAUGUUAAGGUAUGAUAUUUUAGAAUAAAAUCCAAAUAAAUGGCGAUAAACUUCAAUAACUAUGGGACUAGAAGUAUAUAAAAAGUUGAAAAAUAGCUGUGUUUACAAGAUGCACAUUAUUUUUGAUAGGGUGUUGGUUAUUUAUUUUGUUUAUAUGCAAAACAAAGGUUUGAUUGGUUAGAUUAUCACGAUCCCAAAUUUGAAUAAAAGACUUAUGGUGAUUUAGAAGAAGGAGGUGAUGAUGAUUGAGAAUUAAUGA